UUGGAUUUCGAAGUUUUUUUUCAACGUGACAACUGAGUUAGCUACCCGGAAAUGAGAAGAACAAAGUUGAGAGGGCAUGCGCAUCUAAAAUUCAACUGGAAGCGCCAAUGCGGCGACUUGAAAGGUCACAACCACCAUGAGUGCUUUGAUGAAGAUGAAAAAUAUUUCUGGUCAGCAAACAUGUACCGGUAGAUUUGUAGGAAACAAUUUUACAGAGGAUAGUAGAAACACAGAUGAAAAUAUGUUGAAAUUUCCUAGCACCAAAAAAAUUCUAUGGGACCAUACUAGUGUAGGAGCUGAUUCCCUGAUUAGUAUUUCAUAUUACAGAAAACCAAGAUUAUGUAUAUCAGAAAAAGUUCUACGAUUUGCUCAUCGGCAUAUUGAAAGUAAAGGGAAGACACUAUGUGGCUGUGCUCUUGUUGGACAGCUAAGUAUAGAUGAUGAUGGGGAAGGUUUGACAUUUACAUUGGACAGAUUUGAUCCUGGUGGUGAUUCAUUGAAUAAUAGUUAUUCUCUGACACCUGGUGAUUUGGCAGUACCAUUCCAGGUGAUGUUAAAUUCCAAAAAUGAUCGUCAAAGUUCAUCAGAUGAUUACCUACAGGCUUUACAGCUAUUGAAACAGAGGUGUUGUAGUAAGAACUCCAUUGACUUGAGUAAUUUUCUCCUGACAAAAGGCUGGUGUAGUAUUUAUACAAGUGGAGAUCAAUGUGUUCACCAUUUACAAUUUGAUGUUGUUACUAUGGCAACUGAGUUCAAGGCAAUACAAAUUAAUGCUGUACCUAUUGUGCCAACUGCUUUAUCUAAAAACCUUUCAGGACCAAUGAGUAUGAGUCAUUUACAAGGAGAACCAAAAACAGGCUACUUAACCAUGGAUCAUACUAGAAAAGUGCUGUUAGUGUUGGAGUCUGAUCCAAAAGUGGCUAAUUUACCCUUAGUUGGCAUAUGGGUUAGUGGUGUUUCCUUUGUAUACAGUCCAUAUAUUUGGGCUUGUUGUCUCAGAUAUCUACAUAACGCAAGUCUUAAUGACAGAGUGUGUGUUCCUCCAGAGUCUUUCUUAUUGGUGCUAUAUAACCCAAUGCAUUCAAAACCAGAGUUUUAUGAGGUUGUCACAUCUACUGGCAGUGGUCAAAUGAACUUUGACCUCUUCAAUGGAUAUGAAGUGAUCAACUUACCAAAGACAAUGACCAGUGGUAAUCAGACAAUAGAAAUGGACAUUGGUGCUGUUGAUGGUGGACAGAAAAAAGAAAAAUUUGAUGGUGCUAUACAUUUGCUCAAAAGUCAGAAAUCCAGUAAACAAGAAGAUGUCUCAGUGUCGUCUGCUGUGUCAGUUGCUGAUGAAAUGACACCAAGAAACAUGCCAGCACCUCACAAGUCACAGCUUCCAGUGAUGACAUCAAUGGUUCCUGAAGUCAGUUUAUUAUUUGGGGAAGACUCAGGUAUUUGUGUUAAUCCAAAAAAACCAACAAUUACUCAGGGAAAAGCAAAUGGUGUCUCUCACAUGACAGACUUUACACGGAGUAAAGUAGCUCCUAACUUGCCAGUGCUACAUGAACAGCCAAAUGUUCAACAUUCUAAUAGUGCGUCUGGAUUUAAUGCUCAACAAAAUGUACAUCAACAGACUAAUUUCCAUAGUGGACGACUUGCUCAACAUUAUAUUAAUUCUGUUCCAAAGCCUGAUAAUUCUGCCCAAUCUUCUAAUCAAGGUCAUGGGAUUCAAAGUAGAACUUCUCAUUCAGAUCCUACAAUUGAAAAUAGAACUUCAAAUUCAAACCAUUUCAAUCAAAAUGUGGAUCUUAUGUUUCAAAAUAGGACUUCUAAUAUGGAUCCUAGAUUUCAGAAUCCAAAUUUUAUGUAUCAGAACAUGGCUUCUCAACAAAACAACACACACAAUAGGACAGAAAUGAACUCAAUUCAAAGGAUGCUACCUCAAACUGUGCCAGGACAAGUGUUUCAACCAUAUCCACAGUAUGUCACACCAAACUAUUCCUCUAUGCCAUAUGGACAGCCAUCACAUGGAUAUGUCCCUACACAAGGAAUAAUGGGACCGCCACAGCCACAACAAAUUGCUACACAACCUCAGAUGCCUUAUCCUUGUCAGCAAGAUGUUCCACAUGGAUAUAGACCAAUGGGUCAACAAUAUGUCAAUAAUCAGCAAGGAAUGAUCACUAAUGUACAUCAAACAGCACCUAAUACACAACAUAAGUUUGUUCCAAUUACAUCACAAAAUCAGCAAAUUGAUGUAGCAAAUAGUGUGCAGAGAAAUGUCCAUCAGGAACAGCGACCUUCUCCACAUGCUGACAGUAGUAAGUCUAGUGAUGACAGUGGAUUGAGUGUCACACCAGAGAAGCAGAUUCCACCACCAAGACCAAGUAGUAAAAAUAGUGCUUCCAUGGAGGAAGAGCCAGACUCUGUAUUACAGAGUAAAAACAUCAACUGGAAUCAGGUGCCUCCAGAAGUUUAUCAGCUUUUGAUUCAACAGGAUGCUCAGCUUAAAAAGUUACAGUCUCAGAUACAAAUGUUAAUAACAAAUCAGAGUAAUUCAUCUCAGAACACCACAACAACAGAACUAGACACUCAAGUGACUUCUGUCAAUAAAACUAAUUCUACUCAUAAUAACAGCAAAGCUGAAAUGUGUUCUGUUGCUGUCAAUACUACAGCGUUCUCUCCAGACAAAAUUCCAAGCCGUCAGUCUGUUUCUCUUCAGACUAGUCCCCAGAAACCAAUGUCAUCUAGGUCUAGUGAAUCAUCAGGUGAACAUACACCACGACAAGGGUCACAGUGUAGUGGGGAUGAUGGUCGUACUCCAGCAGAGAUACGUCAUCGUGGGAUACUUCCAUUCAAUAGUACCCACAAGGAUGAGUUUGAUUUAGAUGCCUCACAAGAUCUGUCCAGUGUAGUUAAUAACAUGGCACUCCAUGACAAGACAAUAGAUAGCAUACAGUCUGAUAUGAUAGUUGAUAUGCCAAGCUAUCAUUCUUCCCCUACCAGAUCUGAGAAAUCAGGAGAUACAUUAUGUAAUUCCCAGGAUACCCUAUCUAAUUCUAUUGAUAAAAGUCCUACCAGUGCUAGUAUGUGUGGUAGACCAGACGAAGAAGAUUCAGGCGAUGAACAGGACCCGGUUGACACAAACGAUAAGGAAUAUUAUGAUAGAUUAAUGAAUAACAUUCAAGUACUGCUGAAUCAGCAAGAUUCAGAAUCGCCACUAGGAGACCAAACAGACACAUUACAAAAUGAUACGCUGCAACAAAGUAUUAUGUUAGGCCAGUACAUCAACUCUAUACAACACAGAUCUGGAAAUGCAAGUCGAACACCACUUGAGACAACAUUUAUACCAAAAAUCAAUUAUAUGUCUAUGAUGUUUGAUUCCGACUCAGAUUGUUCAAUGGAAAUCAAUGCUAUGGCCAUGAAAUACUUGAAGGAUGAACAACUUACUCAGAUGACAAAAUUACAAACUAAAGCAAAAUUAGGAGGUAACAACAGUCAUCAGCGUGUAGCCAUGUUACGCCAUAUUUUAUCAGAUGACAAAGAAGCUACGCCAAACGUUACUACCAUGGGAAUGUCUCCAAAUGACAUGACAUUUGCAACAAGGAAAUACAUGGAGAAGCAUGGACUAAUAAACAGUGAUUCACGGAAUACAACUGCAGAUAGUACUGAAAAUGAAAGUUACCAACUACAAUUAAAUUUUAGUACGAUAACUGGUAGAUCUGAAUCUCCUGUACAGCUGACACAGGAUGUUAUUAACAACACAGGCAAUGACAGCUAUAAAACACCCACACGACAAACUGUCAGCGGUCGACAUGUGGGUAGUCCUUUAGUUAAUAGUCAAAAUGUCACAAACACUCCGUCAGAUAAUCGCAACAGGACUGCUUCUGUAAAUAGUGGAAAUAUAACAAAUAAAACCAAUAGUCCUUUUGUUAAUAGUAAAGCAAAUAGCCCAUUUGUAAAUAGCCAAACAAAAUAUUCUGUUCCAAAUAGUCAAACAAAUAGUCCUUUUAUGAACAGUCAAACAAAGAACCAAUUCAUCAACAGUCCGACAAACAGUCCUUUUAAUAACAGUCAUCAAAAGACAUCAGAAAAACUUGGGAGAAUGAACUAUCAUUUUACUCCAUCACCAGGGAUGCAAGCUUCCCCUCACAUUACCAAAGAAAGACCAAAUGUGUCAGAAGACAGACAAGAUGUAUUUGAUCAUAGAAGUCCAGCAGAAAACCGAAUGGAUCACCAUAGACAGGAAAACCAAUAUAAACAUUUGUAUCCAGAUGAUGAUGAUAAAAUAUUAGAUAUUACAAGAUUAAGAAUGUUACCAAAAUUAUUAUAGCAAAAAUUUAAUUAGGAUAAACAGCAAAACAUUUUAUAUAGAUUUUGUAUUAGUAAAAGGGCAUAUUUAUUCAUUUACUGUUUUAGUUUGAUGUAAAAAUAUCUUUUAUUUUAUCUGUGAUAUUAGUUCUGAUAAUAGAACUUGUAAAUUUGUGACAAAACACUUGUUCUGUACAGCACCUUGAUGGGUUUUAAAAGCCUUGCAUCAUUUCCAUGGAACUGUGAUAUUAUUGAGAUUUAAUCUUGUUUAUGUAUCAAUUUAUUUUACUGGUAUCAAAGUAAGAUAGCAUUAUAUAGUAAUCUAAUAUGAUAAAGCCAAAAACACUCAUUAUAACCCCUACAGGUUCACCUUAAAGUUUGGUCAAUUCUAGUUAUUUGACUUGGAGAAAAGAUACUGAACAUAAAAAUUACAAUAAAUUCACUGAACCCAAAUGUUAUUCUUUUUUUCACAAAAUAGCUGUUAAACUAGAGAACAAGCCCCCUCCCCCCCCCCCCCCCCCCCCAAAAAAAAAAAACUUUUCCACUUUAUGUUCCACAUUAUUUAUUUAUAGUUUAAUACAGGUAAACCAAGUUUGAUAGCUCAGUAUUGUAGUCUAGUUUUAAUGCUAAUUUAGAAUUAUGGAAAACAAUUAGUUUAUAUAUAAAUUAGUUUAAUUUCAAUGAAAUUUUAUAUGAUCAUUAGCCUGUAAACCAUUCUCAAUAAUGUUCCUUUAAAAAUACUAUGCAUUUUUUCCUCAUCAUUUAUAUGACUUUAUAGUACAUAUUAAAAAAAAGAUGAUGUGGUAUGAUUGCCAAUGAGACAACUCUCCACCUAAUGACAUAGAAAGUAGCAAAUUUAGGUCACUGUAUGGCCAUUCCAACAAAGAGCAUUCCAUAUGAAUAGUCAGCUAUAAAAGGGCCUGACAUAACAUACAGAAUUUGGUGGGGUUAAACAUGUUUGUGGGAGGCAAACCCUCCCCAACCUUGGACAGUUGUGUAAUAUCACAAUUUAAGAAUAGUGGUCACUGUAUUGUCAAAAAGAACUGAUAUUUACAGCCUGUUAUUCACAGCAGGAAAAUCUUUCGAAUUGGAAACAUUAUUCUUCAAAUGCUGGUACCUAAAUUUAUGAAAAAAAUAAUUUUCUUAAAAAAAAACAUCUACGGGUGUCAUUUCUUCAGUUUUUUCAUUAAAUUUCAUAAAGUUGAAACACGAAUGGCAUACAAAUAUUAUUGUUUUGUGUGAUUGAAAAUAGGUGUCAGGAUAUGUUUGCUGUAUAAAACUGGGUUACACCAAAUUGAUUUUUAGUUUUUAAUAAUUUGGUUGUAUCAUAUUUUAGGGGUUAAGUAACAAGUUUCGUCAAAUUGCAUUUGAAAACAAAUAAAACUAAAAAAAUCAUUUGAGCACAUACAAAAUCAAAUUUUAAAAAUAUUGAUAAGUACCGGUAGCACAAAAAUGCUGCAUAAUUUUUUUUCUCCCCAAGUGAAGUAAUUUAAGGGAGUAAUUAAACUUGUCUACUCAAACCUCUCAAUCUUCCUUAAUCAAAAGAACUAAAAAUGACUGUGACCUUGUCAGUUGUUUUCCUCAUUGGUAUGCCUAGAAAGCAUUUAUUUGUUUAGUGUUGUAGGUAUAUUUGAAUAUUUCUUUAGUUUUUAAAUAGAAUAAUUGAAUUGAUGGAUAGUAAUGUCACAAAUUCUACUCUAAAUACUUGCUAUUUUAUUGAAAAAGUACAAAUCAAUAUUUGAGAAACAAGUAUUUUUAAUAAGUAUACAUGUACAUUAUUUUAUUGAUCAGUUUACAGCUGUUACCUUUAUGUUUUUAACCACCUGUUUAAGAUAGAACAUACCUGUAUGAUCUGGACCUAGUUUUACCUGCUGUAUGAUAUGAACUCUUUUAAACUGCUGUAUGAUAGAAAAUUAAGAGAAAGAUGAUGUUUUACCUGGCUGUAUGUUAGAAACUGAAAAUCUUAUUAUAUGUCAUAUUGUUAUAUAAUGCAUUUUAUUUAUUUUAGAAAAUAUAAAGCAGAAUAAAAUUAAACUAUUUA